AACAUUUGUAAUAGACUCUAGACUGUCUUAUAGAUCCUGGUGAGAGGGCUCGGAAUGAGAAAUCUGAAACGACUGGUGCUGUUGAGCUUGGAGAGGAGAUGAACAGGAAAGGCCAGUACAGAGGUGGUCGCAGUCAUACUGGCACAGAGCGGGCAGAUUGGAAGCUUCUCUUUACCCUUUCUUUUAAUCCAAGCGCUGGGAGACAGUCCGUGCAAGCAGCAGGUCUAAAGCUGAUAAAGGGAAAUGCCCCUUUUACGCCAGGCCUAAUUAACCAAUGACCCGAGGAAUUGUUGAGGCCAGAGCGAAGCAGGUAGAAUUGAAAGAGGAUUAGCCUUGAUAAGGAUAAUCAGAGCCUGUGUGAUUACAUUGGAUGGGAUAGAAACUUUUUAAAAAAGGGAGGGGGAAUAAACCCUCAUGCUUCAGGACAUAAGCUAGCCACUAAAUGAUGGGGGUCAGGAAGAAACUUCCCUAGGGGCGGACAUUGCAUAACUGCAGCCCAAAGGGGCUCUUGCACCUCCUGUGAAACUCCUGGUAUUUGCUACUGAUAGAGACAGGGUGUGGGACUAGAUGGACCUCUGGUCUGAUCCAGUCUGGCAAGCCCUGUGUCCCUAAUGAAGAGCGUUCUCACUGUCCUCUUGGCUAUUGCCCCAUCUUGGAUCAAACUCCGAGUCCUAAAUCAGUGCUGUGGCAAUUGUAAUCUUUCUGGUACCUGGAAUGGCUCCAAGAGUGAGCUGCGAGAGGGGAGGGUCCAGGAGUCCCGGACAGUGUCCUUUGGUACCAGUUAGCACAGCAGCACGUUUGCACAUGAAAAGACCUUUGUGCUCAAUUCCUCUGGCCUGUUGGUCUGACUCGGCAGGGCCAGAGCACCCGGCAGUAGCAGCCGGACGUGGAGGAACAGAGAACCACCCCUUCUACAAAGGCACCUUCCCAUGGAGCACCACUCCCAUUGUGCUGUGCCGGGAGCUUGGCACAGGUAUUCCUUGGCCACUGCUGAGCUAGAAGGGGCAGGGCUGGAAUGUGGAGUGAUUGCUUUGAACUGUCACCUGGACAAUGUACUUAUUUAUCGAGGGCUCGGUUUGUGUUAAGAUGCAGGAUUGAAGGAGGAGCUGCAUAGGGGGAAAUUAGUAUCCAUCUUUCUUAUAUGUGAUUAUAUAUGCAUGGAAAACUCUGUUGUGUGGUGGUGGUUUUGUAACCUUUAGAAGUGUAGCAAUACUUCAUUCCGUCUUACCUCUUCCCUGUUCGUUCUGGAGGACUAGAGAACUAGGUGUCUGCUUUUCCAGAGACGGUAACUAGAAGGGCAGGGCCAAGAGAGAUUUUCUCCCAAGUGUUUCACAGAUGUUCUAAACAAUCCAAGUUUUAAGAUCACACAUGUCAGAUCUAAGUCUGUUGUGACGUCCGAUCCCACUGCCCACCCACACAUCUGCUCGAGGACUCUGUGAAGACAAGGCCUGAGAUUUGUAGCUUUAAAAAUACAUGGACUAUACCCGAGUCAGGGAAAAGCUUUUCAGCUUUUCUUUAUACGUAUAAAAUCUUGAAGGCUGGCAACCCCUCCUGCUCUUUAGCAGAAACUGGCCGUGUAUUUGCACCUUCUGGCUGGAUUGGCUCAAGUGAAUGAGUCAGAAAUACCAAGAGGGAAAAUAACUAAUGACCAUUGGCACCCCCAAGCUCGCUGAGCGGAGUGAACUGGAAAAAGUCAGGCCCUGCCCUUUGCAGCCAUGCCAGGAGCCAGCAAGGCUGAAGGAUAUUUGCGAGCCUAACGAAGAGGUGAAAAGGGUGAAAUCAAUGGAAAUUAGGAGCCUAAGUAAAAUAGCUCUGUAGAUCUGGCUAAACUGGCUCCAUACCACAGGGAGCUUCCAACGCUGCCCUGCUGGGGUGACUUAGAAUCAGCUCGAUGAGAACAUUCCCCAUUUACCUAAUAAUCCACCGUGCUGGGGACAUGGCCAUAGAGUAACACCCCAUCUUCCCCAUCUCUGACUCCGGUGCCCAUUUGCUCCGUUUACAAGUUCAGAGGUGAUGCCCGCCCCCUCCCGCGCACUGCUCGCCACCUGCCUUGCAAGGGGCCAGAGAUCUGACCACAACACUGGGCUUUUCCUGCCUCCUGCAGCAUCCGUGUUCCAUGCUGCGGUUGGGACGGUUUUGCUGAGGAGGCGUGUGGCAGGAUGGACUCUGCCGGGGCUCACGAGUCCAGACUCACUAUCCGCAGCUUGUGUGUUCCGGUUCAAUGCCCUCUCGCUCGUGUACCUGCUGUACCUGCUUCUGCUGCCGUGGUUCUUGGGACCCACCGAACACACCAUCAAAGGGCACACAGGCCGUCUCCUCCAAGCUCUCCUGGGAACCAGCAUCCUCUUCCUCACUGCCCACUUGGUCUUCCAGAUAUGCCUGUACACUGUGCCGGAUCUGGGCCAGCUGCUGGGACAGAACUGCAGCAGGUGGGAAACGCUCGCCCGUCACAUUGGGGUCACCAGGCUGGACCUAAACGACAUCCCCAACUCUGUGCGCCUGGUGGCUCCCGACCUGGGGAUCCUGCUGGUCUCUGCCAUCUGCCUGGGCCUGGGCCGCCGCCUCGUGCCCAAGGGCAGUGCAGCGGCGCGUGUCCGGAGGCUGGAGUCGCUCGAGCCCCUCGAACAGGAGGAGGACCUGGAGAGGCCGGCUGGGCAAGGCGCUGCAGAGGAGGUGGGCUCUGCGAAGCGAAAGGGGCUGCUGGCUGCUACGCUGCGGGUGAGGGCGCACUGGCUCCUGCUGGCAGUCGGGAAGUGUCUGGUCAUCCUGCUGCUGGCUCUGGCAGGGAUCGCUCUGCCAUCCGCCUUCUCCAGCAUCUAUUACCUGCUCUUCGUGGGCAUCUGCACCUGGUGGGCCUGCCACUUCCCCAUCAGCCACCUGGGCUUCAACACGCUGUGCGUCAUGGUGGGCGUCUUUGCCGCCGGCCACCUGCUCUGCAUCUACAGCUACCAGGCGCCGUUCAUCCAGGGGCUGUUCCCCCCCGCCAGCAUCUGGGCACGCGUAUUCGGCUUGAAGGCCUUCAUCCUGCCGCUGAACUGCACUAACCCCAACGCCCUCCUCCUCAACACCAGCCACCCCUGGCCGGUCUACGUGAACCCCGGCGUCCUGCUGCUGCUGUAUUUCACCGUGGCCUCUCUGCUGAAGCUGAGGAAGUUGGACUCCUCUGAACGGAAGGACAAGGCAGAGGCGUCAGCGGUGGCGGCGGAGCCCCAGGAUGAACUGGUGGAGCUGGAGAGCUGGCCCAGGGAGGGAGACUGCCUGGCAGAAGACACCGAGCGGAUGCUGUCCCCGGGCACCGAGGCCUCAGCUGCGGACACUGAAAACUGCACCAUGCACGUGAUCGGGCCAGCGAGUAAGAAGCCGGAGCGGCGCAGGCAAAGGCUGCCCCUGCACGCGCUGGGGCAUGUGAUCAUGAACCAGAGCUACGUCUGUGCCCUCAUCGCCAUGAUGGUGUGGAGCAUCACCUACCACAGCUGGCUGACCUUCGUGCUGCUGCUCUGGGCCUGCCUCAUCUGGAUCGUCCGCAGCCGGCACCACUUCGCCAUGCUCUGCUCCCCCUUCCUCCUGCUCUACGGCCUGGCGCUCUGCAGCCUGCAAUACGUCUGGGGCAUGGACCUGGAGCCCGAGCUGCCCACCCGCGUCGGCUUCAUGAGCCUGGAGCAGCUGGGGCUGGUCAGGACCAAAUACCCCUGCUUGGACCUAGGGGCCAAGCUGCUCUACACCCUGACCUUCUGGCUGCUGCUGCGGCAGUUCGUGAAGGAGAAGCUGCUGAAGUGCCGGCGGCCGCCCGCCUCUCUGCUGGAGGUGACCGUCUCCGACGCAGAGCCCCGCCGGCCGCGGAGCAUGCUGAAGUUCCUGGGCGAGCUGCUGACGGAUCUCUAUGCCAAGUACUGGAUCUACGUGUGUGCCGGGAUGUUCAUCGUGGUCAGCUUUGCCGGGCGCCUGGUGGUCUAUAAGAUCGUCUACAUGCUCCUCUUCCUCCUCUGCCUCCUCCUCUUCCAGGUCUACUACAGCCUGUGGAGGAAGCUACUGAAGGGCUUCUGGUGGCUGGUGGUGGCCUACACCAUGCUGGUGCUCAUCGCCGUCUACACCUUCCAGUUCGAGGACUUCCCCAUGUACUGGCGCAACCUGACCGGCCUCACCGACCAGCAGCUGGGCGACCUGGGCCUGGAGCAGUUCAGCGUCUCCGAGCUCUUCUCCAGCAUCCUCAUCCCGGGCUUCUUCCUGCUGGCCUGCAUCCUGCAGCUGCACUACUUCCACCGCCCCUUCAUGCGCAUCACCGACCUGGAGCACGUGGCCCCCCCGGAGCCCCGGAGCCCGCCCGCCCCCAGCAGGUGCGAGGUGGCGCCGGGGAGCCACCUGCUGCCCCAUGUGGAGGAGGAGGCUGAACCCGGAGACUCCGACUCGGCUUCGGAAGCGGUGCCCGGUAAGUGGGGCCUGGUGCUGGAGCGCCUGGUGGUGCUGGGCUGGACCUUCUCCGACAUCCUCACCCGCGGGCAGGUCUUUGUGCGGCGCCUGCUGGAGCUGCACGUCCUCAAGCUGGUGGCGCUCUACACCGUGUGGGUGGCGCUGCAGGAGGUGUCGGUCAUGAACUUCCUGCUGGUGGCGCUAUGGGCCUUCGCCCUGCCCUACUGCCGCUUCCGCCACAUGGCCUCCUGCCUCUGCACCAUCUGGGUCUGCAUCAUCAUCGUCUGCAAGAUGCUCUACCAGCUGAAGGCCGUCGACCCGCAUGAGUACUCCAGCAACUGCACCGAGCCUCAGCUGAAUGACACCAACCUGCUGGAGGCGGAGGUGAAGAACUCCACGCUCUACCGGGGCCCCGUGGACCCUGCCAAUUGGUUCGGCAUCCGCAAGGGCUUCCCCAACCUGGGCUACAUCCAGAACCACCUGCUGGUGCUGAUGCUGCUCGUCUUCGAGGCCAUUGUGUACCGGCGCCAGGAGUAUUACCGCAAGCAGUACCAGCUGGCGCCGCCCGCCACCCAGACGCUCUUCGAGGAGGCGUCACGUGAGCAUCUGGACCAGGGCCUCAUCAGCUGCGCCAAAUACUUCAUCAACUACUUCUACUACAAGUUUGGCCUGGAGGUCUGCUUCCUCAUGACGGUGAACGUGAUCGGGCAGCGCAUGAACUUCAUGGUGAUCCUGCACGGCUGCUGGCUGGUCGUUAUCCUGACCCGCCGCCGCCGCGCCGCCAUCGCCAGGCUCUGGCCCAAGUACUGCCUCUUCCUGGCCCUCUUCCUGCUCUACCAGUACCUGCUGUGCGUGGGCAUCCCCCCUGCCCUCUGCAUAGACUAUCCCUGGAGGUGGAGCCGCUCCAUCCCCAUGAACUCGGCUCUCAUCAAAUGGAUGUAUCUGCCCGACUUCUACAUGGCGCCCAACUCCACCAACCUCAUCAGUGACUUCCUGCUGCUGCUCUGUGCCUCCCAGCAGUGGCAGGUCUUUGAAGCCGAGCGGACGGAGGAGUGGCUGAGGGCGGCCGGGGAGAACACGGACCAGCUGGAGCUGGCCAGGGGCAGACCCAACCCGGUGCCCAACUUCAUCAACUGCAGGUCGUACCUGGACAUGCUGAAGGUGGUGGUGUUCCGUUACCUCUUCUGGUUCGUCCUGGUCGUGGUCUUCAUCACCGGUGCCACCCGCAUCAGCAUCUUCGGCCUGGGCUACCUGCUGGCCUGUUUCUACCUGCUGCUCUUCGGCACGGCCAUGCUGCGCAAGCCGGCCAAGGCCCGGCUGGUGCUCUGGGACUGCCUCAUCCUCUACAAUGUCACUGUCAUCAUCUCCAAGAACAUGCUGUCGCUCCUCUCCUGCGUCUUCGUGCAGCAGAUGCAGAGCAACUUCUGCUGGGUGAUCCAACUCUUCAGCCUGGUCUGCACCGUCAAGGGCUACUAUGACCCCAAGGAGAUGGGCAAGGACCAGGACUGCUCGCUGCCCGUGGAGGAGGCUGGCAUCAUCUGGGACAGCAUCUGCUUCUUCUUCCUCCUCCUCCAGCGCAGAGUCUUCCUCAGUUACUAUUUCCUGCACGUCAUGAUGGAGCUCCAGGCCUCGGCCUUGCAGGCCUCCAGAGGAUUCGCGCUGUACAAGGCCAGAACCCUGAAGAGUAUGAGUUCCCACCGGCACGCCGAGGAGAAGUCGCUGGCCCAGCUCAAGCGACAGAUGGAGAGGAUCCGGGCGAAGCAGGAGAAAUACCACCUGGGGCAGCGCCGCAGCGACUCCACCGAGGCCCCGGACGAGGACCAGCCAGAGCCGAGUGGCGAGAAGGACCCUUCCCGGCAGAGGAAGAAUUGGUGGCGGCCCUGGUUAGACCAUGCCGCAGUGCUGCACUCGGGUGAGUAUUUCCUCUUCGAGUCGGACAGUGAGGAGGAGGAGGCCAGCUUGGAGGAGCAGAAGCCAGCCAAGCAGAGUGCGUUCCAGCUGGCGUAUCAGGCCUGGGUGACCAAUACCAAGUCUGCACUGAAGGAGCGGCAGCGGCAGGACCAGGAGGACGCUGAGUUGCCAGCAGGGGACGGCGGAGAUGGAGACGUCUGUGAGGCCGAUACGCCUGAAGAGCCUGAGGACCAAGAGGAGGAGGACACAGAGAGAAGCAACAUGGUGCAGCGGGCGCUGAACAUGGUGCGUUUCCUGUGGGUGCUGUGCCAGGCCACGGUGGACGGGCUCACCCAGUGGCUCCACGCCUUCACCAAGGAGCACAGGGACAUGUCCACCGUCCUGUGGGUGGAGAGAUACGUCCUCACCCAGAAGCUGUGCCAGGGAGACGAGGUGCACAGCGGAGUCCUGGACGACCUGUACCAGCUGGCGCCGGGCGACGAGACAGGCCUGCAGGCGGCCGCCACCUUGGACUCUCACAACAGCAUGGCUUCAAGUGGGUGCGAAGGAGGCGACCUUCUCAGCAGUGGGGCUGAGGGCACCGACGACACCAUCUCCCCCCUGACAACCGGCUACCACAGUGAGGAGCAGAUAACGGCCCUGAGCUCCCAGGAGGAGGUGGAGCGGAUCCAGGGGUCUCAGGAGCUCCUGGUGUAUCCCAAGCACCGGACCCGAACGGCCAGCGAGCUGCUCUCCAACAGGCAGAAGUACUUCCAGGAGCUGGAGGAGUCGGAGCAGUUCUACCGGGCCCAGAACCGCUUCCUCAAGCUGCUGCUGGCCCUGUACCACUUCGUGGCUGCCCAUUCCGAGCUGCUCUGCUACUUCAUCAUCAUCCUCAACAACAUGGUGUCGGCUUCCGUCAUCUCCCUCUUCCUGCCCAUCCUGGUCUUCCUGUGGGCCAUGCUCUCCAUCCCGCGGCCCAGCAAGCGCUUCUGGAUGACGGCCAUCGUCUUCACCGAGGUGAUGGUGGUGGUGAAAUACCUCUUCCAGUUCGGGUUCUUCCCCUGGAACAGCUACUCCUCACUGGUGCGGAACGAUGCCAAGCCCUUCUUCCCGCCGCGCAUCCUGGGCCUGGAGAAGACCGACCGCUACCUCAAGUUUGACCUUGUGCAGCUCAUGGCUCUGUUCUUCCACCGCUCUCUCCUGCUGUGUUACGGCCUGUGGGAUCACAAGGAGGAUGCCUUCGCCAAGUGGAAGCGCGAGGCCGAGCGGGCGGAGGAGGAGAAGCGCGAGGCCGAGCGGGCGGAGGAGGAGAAGCGCGAGGCCGAGCGGGCGGAGGAGGAGAAGCGCGAGGCCGAGCGGGCGGAGGAGGAGAAGCGCAAGGCAGCAGAGCCGGCAGUGGAGCCGCCACCCGUGCUGGACAGGGGGGACGGUGCGGAGCCCCCAGCAGCGAAUGGGGCAGAGGCAGAGGUGGUGGCAGCAGGACUGGAGCUGCAGGAGAAGGGGGCCGGGGAGGGGGAGAAGGGGAGCCAUCUGCGCUUCCGGAAGAAGAAGAAGGAGAAGAGGAGGUGGACCAAGAAGUGGAAGGCAGUAGCAACAGUGGCAGAGGAGGAGGACGAGGAGAAGGAGAAGGAAGAGAAGAAGCAGAGCCCAGCCCGGGAGAAGCUGAAGGCUGCUGGGCUCAGAGUCAAGCUCUUCCUUCUAGCUGUGGCACAGAACAUGUACCAGCCACUGAGGGGCUUCUUCUGCGCCAUCCUGCACACCAAGUAUCAGGCUGCUACUGAUGUCUACGCCCUCAUGUUCCUGGCAGACGUGGUCGACUUCAUCAUCAUCAUCUUCGGCUUCUGGGCCUUUGGGAAACACUCAGCCGCUGCCGACAUCACCUCCUCGCUGUCGGACGACCAGGUGCCAGAGGCCUUCCUGGUCAUGCUGCUCAUCCAGUUCUCCACCAUGGUCAUUGACCGAGCCCUCUACCUCCGCAAGACCGUGCUGGGCAAGCUCAUCUUCCAGGUCAUCCUGGUCUUCGGCAUCCACCUCUGGAUGUUCUUCAUCCUGCCAGCGGUCACCGAAAGGAUGUUCAGCCUGAACACAGUAGCCCAGCUGUGGUACUUCGUGAAGUGCAUCUAUUUCGCUCUGUCGGCCUAUCAGAUCCGCUGCGGCUACCCGACUCGCAUCCUUGGCAACUUCCUGACCAAGAAAUACAACCACCUCAACCUCUUCCUCUUCCAAGGGUUUCGCCUGGUGCCCUUCCUGGUGGAGCUGCGUGCCGUGAUGGACUGGGUCUGGACCGACACCACCCUGUCCCUCUCCAACUGGAUGUGCGUGGAGGACAUCUACGCCAACAUCUUCAUCAUCAAGUGCAGCCGGGAGACUGAGAAGAAAUACCCCCAGCCCAAGGGCCAAAAGAAGAAGAAGAUUGUCAAGUACGGCAUGGGCGGCCUUAUCAUCCUCUUCCUCAUCUGCAUCAUCUGGUUCCCGCUGCUCUUCAUGUCGCUGGUGCGCUCCGUGGUGGGCGUGGUCAACCACCCCAUUGACGUCACCGUCACCCUCCAGCUGGGGGGCUACGAGCCGCUCUUCACCAUGAGUGCCCAGCAGCAGUCCAUCCAGCCCUUCACACCCCAGGACUACGAGGAGCUCACCAAGAAGUUUGAAAGGCAGCCGGUGGCCAUGCAGUUCAUCACGCUAUACGGCUACGAGGACAUCGUGAGGGCGCAGAUCGAGGGCAGCUCGGGCUCGCUCUGGAGCAUCAGCCCCCCCAGCCGCGAGCAGAUGCGGGGGGAGCUGCUGAAAGGCUUGUCGGACAUCACGCUGCGGCUCACCUGGACCUUCCAGAGGGACCUGGGCAAGGGUGGCACUGUGGAGCACACCUUCGACAAGCACACCACCGACUUGCAGCCAGGCACCCCCAUCCGCACCGAGCUCGCCGACCUGCUGCAGGGAACCAGGAACACCGCCGUGAACGUCCCCCAUCUCUUCCCCACGUACGUCCGCGCACCCAACGGCCCAGAGGCCAACCCCGUCAAGCAGCUGCUGCCAGAGGAGGAGGAGAGCUACCUGGGCGUGAAGGUGCAGCUGCACCGGGAGCGUGUGGGCGCCAAUGACAGCUACCUGGAGUGGUGGGUGGUGCAGCUGAGCGAGUGCCAGCAGACCUGCAACAUCCUGCCCAUGGUGAUCUUCAACGACAAGGUCAGCCCGCCCAGCCUGGGCUUCCUGGCCGGCUACGGGAUCAUGGGUCUCUACGUGUCCAUCGUGCUGGUGAUCGGCAAGUUCGUGCGGGGCUUCUUCAGCGAGAUCUCGCACUCCAUCAUGUUCGAGGAGCUGCCGUGUGUGGACCGCAUCCUCAAGCUGUGCCAGGACAUCUUCCUGGUGCGCGAGACGGGCGAGCUGGAGCUGGAGGAGGAGCUCUACGCCAAGCUCAUCUUCCUCUACCGCUCGCCCGAGACCAUGAUCAAGUGGACGCGGGAGAAGGAGUAGCAGGGAGCUGCGGCGGGCCCCCUCCGCCCCCUGGACUGUCACAACCGAGGCCUUAACCCAGCCCAGCCAGAGCGCCCCGUCUUGGGGGGCCAGGCCGAGUGCUCCAGGCGACCUGCCAGCCCCUUCCCCUGGCCGGCGGGGGGUCUGAGCUGUGCCCAGCACCACCCGUGUGCGGAGGGGGCAUCUUGGGCAGGCUGGCCUUGUGCUUUUUAAAAGGAAGUUGAACUGCUUUACAACUAGAGAGUCCUGUAAAGGCAGCUGGGUGAAGACCCCCCUCCCGAGGAGUCACACUCCCUCCCAUCAGCGGGGUGGGGACACGCUCCUGCCCCAGCCCCACCUCAGUGCCUUCCAGCCCUACUGCUUCCUGGCUGUUAGCACCCCUGGGCCAAGGGGGGUGCACGCUGGAGCCCAUUCAGCGGCUGUGCCGGCCUGUGAGGGAGAUGGGCUCCCCCUCCUGCAGUGGGAGAAUCCAAGCCAGCCGGCCGCAGUCGCUCCCAACUCCGCUGCAGGCAAAGCCUGGCCCAGUUGCCCCCUUGGCCUGCUCCUGAAUCUGGCUGCACUAACACUCCAGAGCAAUACCUUCCCCGCCCCCCCCUCCGCCCAGCACAGCGCUGGCCAGCACCCAUGGGUGCAAGCAGAGGGUCCCACUAGCCUGACGGCCCCCCCGGCGGUGCUGGGCUUGCCGCUCCUCUUGCCCUGCCUGCAGAGGGCGUGGGACAUGCUACUGCAGCCAAGGCCCAGUGCAGGGAGCUCUGCUCGUCCCAGGACUGGUUCGCCCCCCCCCAGGCACUCCAGGGGGGGAGGGCUGGGCUCGCUCCAGCUGGACUGUAGAUUUUUUUAAAUUCAAAUGGUUUAUUUAUACAGAUCUCUAAUAAAAGCCAAGCCACGGCCUGUUAGCGUGA